CUCGGCGUCGUUUCGCCUUUUCCGCUGGGUGAUGCCGCCAAGCCCUUGCGGUUUGCGCAGCGCCGUCCAGCGACAAAAGGACGCGACCCUCGCCCUCCGGUCUGUCGGGGGGGGAGGGAAGAGGUUCCUGAGUGCAGACAUCUCGAGGUCGCCGUGUUUGCGAGCAACACACGACGCUCUGCCCGCCGCCUCAUCUUGGUCCAUCGUGUCAAGCCUCACGACAGCGCCUCCGGUCGUCCUCAUCCGCGUCCAAGGCCGGUGACGUGAACCAUCCGCCGGUUGGCCUUGCUGGAGACGCCCAUUGGACGGCUCCAAGCGACCCGGGGCGUCCGUCUGGUAUUUGACCUGACACGCGGGCCGGGCCAUCGUCAGCUUCGGCGCCGCAUCGUUCAUUACAUACAAAGUACCUACAGCUCAUCCAUCCGCCAUCGCCAACGCCUCGUCCUACCCCACGGCCCACCUGCCGCCGCCUCCCCGGGACCGCCGUUGCCCGUGGGCCUGCCUUCAUCAGCCCGCGGGCCAUGCGUGCAUGACCCGACGCCGGAGACAAGCGACUGGGUACCAAACUGGACGCGGGCCAUCGGCGUCGUCCCACGCCUUGUAAGCCACGCCCGCCGCCGCCAGAAGUCACGGGCCACGUCGAAUUCGACUUCGACUUCGACUUCGACAGCGACCCGUCGCCGCCGGCCUUUGACCCCGCAAGCUUCGGGAUAGCUUGCUUCUCCCGCUCCGACCAUGUCGUCGUCGCCUGUGCCGGCAACUGCUCCCGUCUCCAUCUUCGCCGCCUCAACCGCCUCACCGGUCUCGCGACCAAGCUUCAACCUCACAUCGACGGCGACUUCGACGUCCUCGGAAGACCACCAUGCCACUACGCAGACGUUUCCACCCAUGACCACCUACUGGACCAAGCCCCAGAGCUGCACAUGGACAUAUGUCGUCGAAAACGUGUCGCUGCAGGCCUCUUCAGGCGCCGUCGCCUGGCUCGAUCUCGAGCCAAGAUCCGGCGCGAGCACCUUGUCCUGUUACCCGGACGGCAUGUUCUUCGACGGGCGCACGGGCGUCUUCAGCCCCGCGACCUGCCCCAAUGGCUGGACCACCGUCUCGCUGCGUGUCAACACGGACGAGGACGCCAUGCAGGCGACCACCACAGCCAUAUGCUGUUCAUCAUACUACUCUCUCGACGGUUCACACUGCAAGCGAUCCGUUCCAACUGUGCUUGCUGUGCCCAUCUCGUAUAAUCGCACGGCCAGCACCUACGAUAUCAUGACAAACUCAACCACCACCCUCACAUCCGCAACCAUGGCAGUCAACACCAUUCGCGCGCUAUUCAUGGAACAGGACAAGAAGCAGCUUGGUCUGACCAACGAGAACGAAAUUGGAGACGUGCCCGAUAAAUCGCGUCCGCUGACCAUCGGAGCCCGUGUAGGCAUCGCACUAGGCGUGGCGGGUUUUGUUUCCAUAACUCUCGCAGCCAUCACAUAUUGCAUUCUGCGGAGGAGGCGGCGGCGCAGAAAGAAAGCCGCACCUCAGGGCCAGCAUGAACUUGCCUGCGUCCCCGACAUGUACGGCCCGGCCGGCGGGCGACUACGCGACGGGACCGUGGCAGAACCGCCGCCCGCGUACGAGGCAUCGCUGUCUUCCUCGUCCACCAACCCGGCAGACGGAGAAGGGGAGAACACUGCGGCGCGGGACGAGGAAAUACGAGUCCUCGUCGCGCAGAAGGCGGCCAUCCAGCGACGACUUGAGGAGUUGGAAAGGGUCGAUGACACGCGCAACCCCUGACUGGCGGUGAUAUAAUAAUGGUGUUGUAAUGUUGCGCGUCGCCGAUGCUUUCUUUGUUUGUCCUUCUGUACCUCAUUGGCGGCAACAGACCGUCUGCAACGAUACCACUUUGCACACAACGAGAGCAUGGCGAGGCCAGGCGGGGGAUUCGGGCUGCAUGGUAGCCGGCGAGCACGGGGAGAUGGCCUUGAUCUUCGGUAUAGUCCUACUAAACGGAAUCACGCAUUGCCAUCCUCUGGAUUGGCCACUGAAUGCCCACGACGCAAGUCUCGCAGCCAUGUGAUGCUCUGCGGGGAGUCCGGGUUCAGGGUUCAGCCGCGCAUAUUGUUUUUGUCUUCAUGUCUCGCCCGGGUGACUGAUUCCAUGUUGGGGUUUGGGGGGGAGCACUAAGACAAUGUCUACCCGGGAGCCUCGGGUGUUCGGGGACGUGGCACUGGGGACUGGGCACGUGGGUGACUGUCGUGUCGAUAUAUAUCUGCG